CUUGUGUGCGCAGUUUUGCUCGAGCCUGGAGCCGAGCACAGCACAGCUGCCCGGACUGCCAGCUCGAAACAUCACUGACUGUCUGGCUGCACCGUUAAUUACCAACCGCAAGUCGCUGUUUCUGGACAAAAAAAGACAAAGAAGCAAAAAAAGCGAGCCGAUGAGUACUCCUGUUACCUUGAAUGUAGGAGGCCACCUGUACACCACCAGUUUAUCCACCCUGCAGCGCUAUCCAGACUCCAUGCUGGGUGCCAUGUUCCGGGGAGAUUUCCCCACAACUCGCGAUUCCCAAGGGAAUUACUUCAUUGAUCGCGAUGGGACACUGUUCCGGUACAUCCUGAACUUCCUGCGGACGUCUGAGCUGACCCUACCCUUGGACUUCACAGAGACAGACCUCCUUCGGAAAGAGGCGGACUUCUACCAGAUCGAACCUUUGAUCCAAUGCCUUAACGAUCCCAAGCCACUGUACCCUCCUGACAUCUUCGAGCAGGUCGUGGAGCUCUCCAGCACUCGGAAACUAUCAAAAUAUUCAAACCCAGUCGCCGUUAUCAUCACACAGCUAACCAUAACUACGAAGGUUCACGGCCUGCUGGAAGGUAUUUCUAACAACUUCACCAAGUGGAACAAACACAUGAUGGACACCAGAGACUGCCAGGUGUCAUUCACCUUUGGACCGUGUGACUAUCACCAAGAGGUGUCCCUAAGGGUUCACCUCAUGGACUAUAUCAUGAAACAAGGCUUCACCAUCCGCAACACGCGUGUGCAUCACAUGAGUGAGCGUGCAAACGAGAACACGGUGGAGCAUCACUGGACUUUCUGUCGACCAGCUCACAAGGUUGAAGAUUAAGUUACAGCGGGUGACGUUACUGUUUGA